AUGCCAUCCGGCAUCGAACGCCGACGAACCCAGCACCGACGACAAAAUUCCACACCUGCUGCUUUCGACGCACCACCAUCUCCUCAGCAGCCUCCUAUCUCCCCUUCAAAAGCUCCCACCGAGCAGCAAUUGAAAGAUCUCCAGGAGCACAUACAGUCGGUGUAUGGCUCCUGUGGGCAAGUCUUCAUUAACAUUCUCCCCACUCCCACAGCAACGCCUCAGAAGCAAGCACAGUCAUCAAGUCACGAGUCUCUGAAUGCAAUCACACAGCAGAACUACAGCGACAUGACUGACAUCAACUUUGGGCCGACUUCAAGCGCCAUGACUUUCGACUUUGAAAACCCCGAUCUAGACAUGGGCUACGAAUCGUCCUCCUACUACACUUCGGAUGCGUUGUCUCCAUCCCCAAACUCGUCGCCACAACAAAAGGCGAUGCACUCCUUCCUUGAGCAGAUCGACGAGCUCCCGAACCAGGAGAUGCUGUUCUCGCAAGCACCAACACUUCUCCCUCAAACCUCAAUGUCAAUGAACGGUAUACCUAUGCAUACCGAGUCUUACCAGCAGCCGGCACUUUUCAACGACCUGGAAGUCGACGCAAGCCUCGAAUACACCGGUAUUGCACCAGAGGAGGUCCAGCGAUACAUCAGCGAACAAGACCCUAUUUCAAACAAGUGGACUUGCCUCUACCAAGACUGUGGCAAGAUGUUCGGCAGGAGAGAAAACAUUCGUUCUCAUGUACAAACACAUCUUGGAGACCGGCAGUUCAAGUGCAACGGCUGCGGAAAGUGCUUCGUUCGUCAGCACGAUCUGAAGCGACAUGCAAAGAUCCACUCCGGCAACAAGCCUUACAAGUGCCCUUGUGGUGCCGGAUUUGCACGUCAAGACGCGCUCACACGCCAUCGACAGCGCGGAAUGUGCUGUGGUGGUUUUCCCGAUGCUGUUCGCCGGCAAGCCAAGCGUGGUCGCCCAAAGAAGAACCGACCAGACAUGGAAGACCGAGUAGAUAAGGCGAGCAGAACCAGACAAGCACUUGCGUCAGCCUCUUCUUCCGUAUCGGGUGGUUCGCCAUACUCCGAUAUGCGUUCACCCUCUCCCCUUGACGGCUACGAGCCUGCUCACUCGCAGUCGCAGGAAGCGACUCAGCUCAUGUCUGAGAACGGUAGCUUCAACGGCCCAAUGAGCUCAACAGUUGACCAUUUCAGCUUCAACUCCUCAAGCCCGUUCGCAGAGGACACCCAGAUCGCGUCAUCGACAUUCACGACUGCGACUUCUUACACCAGCGAUAUUGCGUCAAUGAACAUCCUUCAGCAACUCACACAGACCUCAAACACACCGCCAAUGUCUCCCGCAGAUCAACGGCCACACUCAUCUGGGUCUGCGAACGGUACGAGCGUACCAAUCCACUCAAGCCCUUUAAAGGGCUCGUCAACCCCCUCGCACUCGUCGAUACAGUCGAACCCCUUCUCGACCCCGCCCACUUCACCACUGGGCCCCAAGGACGAUCUUGACGAGCUUUUCAACACAUUGCCUGACAACUCGUACUCGCAAUUUGAACUGGAGAUGAAGGCCUUAGGUGAGCCGAGUGGAUUUGCGUCACUUGAGUCUUCGUACGAGUUCAUGAACUUCGACGUGUAAUUUGCUGUAGAGCUUUAAUAUAGGAAGACGACUGGUGUAGGAUAUAGAAGCGACUCACGAACAUAAUGAACGGCGCAAUGCUUGCUUUUGGAUCGGCAUAAAAUCUGGAACGAUCUGGAUAUCACGACAGAAUGACUUCGAUUCUUGGACUGUUACUGUAGGGGCCGCGACGUGCAAGGAUACACGCUCCUUUGGCAAACAUCGCAUUAUUCUUGAUAUUACUGGGUCGGCGCAAGUGAAGGAUUAUCUGACGUGUAAUGUUGGAUUCGCGAGUCUAGCUGCGGCAAUGCCUCGCGUAGGCGACUUUUCGCUCAAGCACGGCUAUGCUCUAUAGAAUACAUGGCACUUUUAUCUCUCCACAUU